UUUUCGCACCAACCUUGAAUUUGAAGCCCUGUGAAGAAUCGCAACGUUUGGUCUCAGUUCUCAAAGAAAGUUAAUAUCAUGGACACGACACCGAAAGCACAAAAAUCACUGUCUGUGUUGUACACUCCGAACAAUGAUGUCGAUGCUAACGUUAGUCCACCAUCUUCAAAGAUAAGGACUAUGAGCUCUUCCCUGAGGCAAAGACUGAAGAGAAGCCGUCGCUCUUUCACAUCACCUCUUGCAGUGGCUAAAAGACUCAAUGUGGACGAAGGGGACGACAUGCCAAUAAAACCCACAGAGGAAGAAGAAAGGGACGACUUUCCCGCAUCCCCGACAAUAGACGGCACUAUCCAGCUAAAAAUGGUGAAGGAGCAUACGGAAAUGGACUUGAACCACAAUGAAAAAAAAUUGUGCGAACGGCCAGUCAAGCAAACCUUAGAGAUGCAUGCGGAUUCUGCACAAUUCCCUCAGACAGACAUUCUUCAGCUACGAGAUGCUCUGAGGCGGGAGGUGAAAGAGAAGGCAGAGACACUGCGGAGGCUCCAGAUGGUCAAAAUGUACCGGAAAAAGAACGACCUGUCACGGCUGCGUACGCUGAGCAUGAAGUGGCGUCAAUGUGCACAGGGGGUCCUGUAUGAGCUGCAGACAGCCCUGCCUGCGGACGGUCACAAAGCCAGCCUUGGCCAGCUCAUGGACCAGUUUGGCCUGGAGGACCGCCUGCUGCAUUAUGACCGCACAGAGGAUGACUUCAGAGAAGUCUGAACAGAAUUAAAAAAAGAAAGAAAAAGAAAAAACAGAACCACCACAACCACUUAGCACAAUCACAGGUGCCUUAACAAGAAGUUUUCUGUGUCAGAAGAACCAUGGUUACCACCACUUGGUCUCGGGCAUUGUCCUGGGAAGGCCUCAGCGAAUUUCUUGCUGC